UUGGUCAGUUUACUGUGGAACGCCGUGCAGUGCUGUGGCAUUCGUGAUCGUGCUGCGUCGGUGUUGCGCGCCUAUGCUUAUAAACGUCAACGAUACGCAACGUUCGCGUCUAUCUCUCCAUUUUCCGUGCAUCUGACUACGAGACGUUCUCAAUUGCUGAUCAGAUCAUUAGUUGUCACCGGUCCGAGGAAACACAGAGACACAGCCGAACGUCGCGACGUAUCAACGUUUCAUCACGAGUCAGCAGCAACAGCGAGCGAAACAUGGAUCGAUCGUCCAAGUUAAUUCUACGGAAGCUCAUCGUAGACUUUCUCUGCCUAUUUGUCGUGGGCAUUUCAGUACUAAUGUUCUACCUAUUUGGCAAACCUUAUAAACGCGGUUUCUUUUGCAACGAUGAGUCACUUUAUCAUCCAUAUCACGGAUCUACAGUUACGAGCACGAUGUUGUACGUCAUCGGUCUUUUACUUCCUAUAUGUACGAUGAUUGUAGGAGAGUAUCUGCACGGAAGACAUUUCUCUGGACACACGACAAAUGUGCUUUUUGGUUAUACCAUACCCUCAUGGCUGUGGAAUGCUUAUCAAAAGGUUGGUGUGUUCGGUUUUGGUGCAGCUUGCACCGUUUUAACUACAGACAUUGCCAAAUACAGCAUAGGUCGAUUACGGCCGCAUUUUAUGAAACUCUGUAUACCUAAUGUUGACUGCAGCCUGCCCGACAAUCAACAUAAAUAUAUCGAGGAUUUCCACUGUACUGCAGCGGGAGUCUCAGCAAAGCUAUUAAAGGAAGUUAGAUUAUCGUUUCCUUCCGGUCAUUCGUCCUUCUCUGCUUACACCAUGAUUUAUCUUGCGAUGUAUCUUCAGUUAAGAAUGAAGUGGAAGGGCAGUAAACUACUUAGACACUUUCUUCAACUUCUGUGCUUACUCAUGGCUUGGUUUACUGCAAUGACACGAAUUUCCAAUUAUAAACAUCAUUGGAGUGACGUACUCGCCGGGUCCACCCUCGGCAUAAUCAGCGCUUUAGUGGUGGCACAUUGCGUGGCAGACCUUUUCAAAGAGGAGAGAGAGAAACAUUGUUCCAUAGAGAAGCAUCAGUCUACUGAUUAUGAAAUGGAAACUGGUGUUACUGGCACACAGAGGUGCUUGCUUUUGCGGUUCAAUUUCUUUAUAUUAUUUGGAUUGGUCGCUGGUUAUUUGACAAUCUACUGCUGGUUCUACGCUGUAGAAAUUUACGUGACAGUGAAGCUCGCAUGGUGUGCAUUGUCGGUAUUGCCCUGAAAGAGUCUGUAGGAGGGCACCCGAAAGAUAUAACCUAACUCAAACCUAACUCAAACAAAAAUGUAUUUGCGACACACAGGGCCAUGUUCGCUAUAAAUGAAUUUUACCAAGUCACGUUGUGCAAUGCUAACACUGCACACAUCAUGCGGGUUUUAUCCAUAACAUAUCCAUUUGUUUUUUAAUAUGAAAUCAACUGUAAUCAUCUGUCUUAUAACAUUAACAAUACAUAAACUUGCUUUCAGAGGUGCUUGCUUUUGCGGUUCAAUUUUUUUAUAUUAUUUGGAUUGGCUGUUGGUUAUUUGACAAUCUACUGCUGGUUCUAUGCUGUAGAAGUUUACGUGACAGGUAUGCUUUAUUCAACACAUAAACUUAAAAUUAAUUUAGUUUUAUCAUAUUUUUUUAAAGAUAUAAUUUGAAUUUAUUAACUUGUAAUUGUACAAUUUAUAUCUGUUACAGGCAAAGCUCGCAUGGUGUGCAGUGUCAGUAUUGCCCGGGAAGAGCCUACAGGAGAGCAGUACCUAAAAGAUAUAACCUGAUUUAAAUCAAAUUAUAUUUGCGACACACCGGGUCAUAUUUGCUAUAAACAAGCUUUGCCAAGUAUUAUAUUCACAUUAUAAUAAAAACAAAUUUAUAAUGUAAAAUUGUCAAAUUAAUGGACGCGUUGAAGACUAACAGAGCGGCUAGCCUGCUCGCCGAGUGAAUAUGUGAUUGAUUGGAUCUAUAAGAAAAAAUCAUAUUUAAUCGCUCGGCGAGCAGACUAGCUUUGUCAUCUUGAACGCGCAAUAACCCCAACCUAAUCCUAAUCUAUAUGUAAGCGCGCGCGUCCCACUGCGUAAAUGUGUGCAUGUAUAAGUGAUCGACUGAAGUCUUCCCGUUUUCAUCAUUGCGUCAAUCUAUAGACAUUCGCAGAGACACUCUAUGGGAGAAAGUACCGCGAACAUUCGAACGUUCUCAGAAUGUACUUGGUUAAUCGCAGUACGUAAUGCGAUUGUUCUGAGAAUAUACGCAAUAUACGUUUGCGAUAUUCUCAGAACGUUCUCAGAAUCUCCGUGUGCUGUUAGAGUUGGAGAGUAAUACUUUGUAAAAAGUAUACUUUGUAAAAAAAUUAUCAUUAUUUUAUUACAAAAGAGCGGCGCUACAAUCCUUGAACAAAAACCACUUCUUGCAAAAGGUGCUCCGCGGCCGGAAAGGUAACUUUUGUAUUUUUUAAGUUGGAACAAAAAAUCAAGGGUUUUUUGAAUCUAUAAAAAAUUGGCUAGAGAACUACGUAGGAAAAGUUUAAAAUACCGUUUUUUAUAAUGCAUGUUUGAAAAAAAUUGUAUUUCUUGGCAAAAAAUCACGCAAAAAAAUUGUUUAUAACAAAAAAAUUUACCACAAAUCACAAAAUUCUUAUGUACUUCUUUAGAGAAUGUAUCUGAGAAAUUGCAGUUUCAAGUAGAUCGAUUAUGAUUUGUUAAAAUUAUGUGUGCGAGGCUUGCGAGCGACCUUGGAUGUGCGGAAGAAAGGAAAGGAUUGAGAAGCAGGUGAAGGUGGAGGAAGCAAUCUCAAUCCACAAUUUCUAGACACAAUAAUUUAUUGUGCAAAGUCACUCAGUACAAUCGGUAGCGUCGGUCGGACACGCGGUCAGAAGCGCGGUAAAUUGCGGCGAGAAAAUCAUAAGAAGGCCGAAAUAUUAGAGAGCGAUCUGAGCUGCUGAGAUACUCACAACGGAAAGCCGCGCCGGUUACACAGGCGUCCUCCCGGGAAGUCCUCUUUCGAGUUUGAAAUUGCAAAUAAUAAUAAAGCUGUUUUGGAAAAGAUUCACCGGGAAGGACGCUUCCGAAUAGCGACAAGUCAGCUGUCGAAUUAAGAGAAGCAAACAAGACCGUUUACCUUUCUUUAGAUGUAUCGCUUGUGCUAUUAUUUUCGCACAUACGGAUUCUCAGGAAAUAAUAACCGCGCGACGGGCCGUCUCUAAUCAUGCCACGUAUCGAUCCCGAACAUCCCGCCCGUCUUACCAGAAUCAUUGGCGAAAAUUCGAUCAUAAGUAAAUUUUAUUGCGGAAGUUAUAUCUCGCACGAUGCAUAAAGGAUUAUUAGCCCUGCGGGUAUCAAGGUGCAGAAAGCAAACAUGGUCCUUUGUUCUGAUGAGGUCGCUUGAAUGAGGAGGCCGUGAUUUUUGUGGUAACGACUCGUAUUAAUCCAUCGGCUCCGGAGUGCGUGUGCGUAAUCCGUACUAGCGGCCAUCGCGAGGGCGGCGUGUUUUCCUGCCGUACGAGACACAAUCGACCGAUCUCGAAUUCGAGCUUCUUCUUAUGCCAUUUCGGCCGCUGCGAGAGCGAAUAAAGAUAUUCCUGGGAUCAACGCUCCCAGAAGUGGGAACACCCCCUCAUUUGUUGUAUAAGCUGCCAUCUCGUAAGGCGAUUCGCUGACAAGUCGGUGAGGGAAGGUUCCGAUACCGCGGUAAACGCGGACCCCACCAGGAAGUGAUCAGGAGUCAGCGCGGCGAGAUCCUCCGAAUCGUCCGACAGUGCUUGGAGAGGCCGCGAGUUGAGACAGGCCUCGAUCUGCGCCAGGAGAGUCGUCAUUUCCUCAAAGGUGAGUGCUCAGGCACACGAAGACGGCCAUGAACGCUUUGUACGCGUGAUGUCCACGACCCCUGGUUGUCGGCAGCUGUAUGAGGCAGCGCUGCCACAAUUGAUGCUCUGCCAUCUAGUCAGUGUGACGCAAAGCUGUAGUGGUGGCAACGCACAUACGAAAGGAGCCGUGUAUGUGUGCUGCCGGCGCUCGGCCAGCUUCGUCACGCUUCGUCCAUGCUUCGGGGAAGCAGAAGAGUGCAGGCAGCUCUCUCUCCCUCUUCCAAGCUCUACCCGAUGCUUUCUAAAUCUCUCAGCCGCGAGAAUCGUACAUGUAGCGGCUUGACUCGUUCCUUAGAUCUCGCGUGUCUCUUUUUGCAUUAGGCGCGAGACAUUAUCCUGUCUUAUCUUAAAAAUUAAUUAUCUUGAAAACUGAUUAAACUGUAAUUUCUUCUGUUCGUAAAAGAUAUGUAUUAAUUUAAAAAAUAAAGGAAUUGAAAAAA